GUCUAUGCUAGGUAAACAGAGAAGAUAGAAUAUUUUAUGGAGAAAUAGACUGACAGGCCAAGGACAGACGGAUGGGAUUCCCGGUCGCUAGCUAGAUGGAGAAACCGAGAGGGUGGAAGAGUAUUGGUGUUGUAAAUAAUUAAAUAUCAGUCGGCUGAAACAGGAAAGAUGCAUCUCCAUCAGGUGCUGACUGGAGCUGUUAAUCCCGGGGACAGUUGUUACUCGGUUGGGAGCGUCAAUGACAUCCCUUUCACGGCCUACGGCUCUGGCUGUGACAUUGUUAUAUUGGCCAGUGACUUUGAGUGUGUUCAGAUUGUCCCAGGUGCCCAGCAUGGCAACAUUCAGGUCGGCUGUGUGGAGUGUUCCCAUCAGCUGGGCAGGAUUGCAGCCUCCUACGGGAAUACUGUUUGCAUCUUUGAACCGAUUGCUACCAACCCAAACAAACGACACAAGCAACUGCAUUACCAGUGGCAGAAAACUGGCCAGUUUUUCCUCAGUGCAAUGACCUACAACUUAGCCUGGGACCCACAAGGGAACCGGAUCCUGGCUGCUACGGAGCUCCUGCAGCUGUGGGCACCGCCGUCCGCCGACACGCUGGUGGAAGAGGAGGACAGUCAGCUGGCGGAUGACAAACCUCAUCCCAUGUUCAAUGACUGGACAUGUGUGUGGCAGUGCAGAACUGCAGCUGCAGUGCAUAUAACCAAGUGGUCACCUGAUGGGGAAUACUUCGCCACCGCAGGGAAGGAUGACUGUCUGCUCAAAGUGUGGUACCCAACCACCGGCUGGAAGUCUGCGGUGCUGAAUCCAGACGUGCCUGAGAAAAAGGCCCAGCCAGCUCACUUCUCCUUCGUCUACCUGGCCCAUCCCCGCGCUGUCACCGGCUUCUCCUGGAGGAAGACCAGCAAGUACAUGCCCAAGGGGUCCGUAUGCAAUGUGUUGCUAACCUCGUGUCAGGACGGCAUCUGUAGACUCUGGUCUGAGACUCUGCUUCCAGAGGACAGUCUGUUGGGAGGACAGAUCUCCCAGAACGCCAGCAGCUUCAGCAGCUGCCUGCCAGGCCUUGGCAGCCAGAAGGACAAGAUUCAACACGCUCUGGAGUCCAUUCACCACCUGAAACAUCUGCGUCGUGGUCGGAGGAGAUCGUCUGCCUUGGUGGCCCACACUGAGUUACUGCCCAGUCAGCUGGGCUCUCAUGAGGUUCACAGACACAUCUCCCAACACGCCAGUGCUCUCUGUCACUUCCAUAUCUCAGCCAGCAUCAACGCCAGCACAGAUAUUCCGUCCGCUCUGGCCGGUUCGGUGCUGUCGGCCGAGGAGACCAGCGGAGGGUUUGUGGUUCACUGGCUGAAUAAUAAGGACCUGAGCUUCACCAGCUCCAUGGACCUGUUCAUGCAGCAGCUACGCAAGUUGUCUGAGCAGCAUUUGGAUCAGGGGACAGAGGACUUGGACCAGGAUGGCUCCCCCAUGAAGUUUGACUUUGACUUAGAUGAGAUGUCAGAUAAAGGGUCCUCAGAGCAGGAGGAGGCUGAGCAGGAGGGCAGCACCAAGGCCUCGUCUCCCGGCUCCAGCAGCAGCAUGCCUCUGCCCUCCGUGCUGUUGGACAGGAAGAUGGAGUCACUGAUUCUGGAGUGGGACAAGAGCCCAGACAUGUUGUUCACCGUCCACCCUGUGGACGGAUCCUUUCUGGUUUGGCACGUUAAAUACCUUGACGAGUUUAUCCCCGGCAUUUUCAGACAGGUUCAGGUUUCGUUUUCAUCUCGGAUUCCCGUGGCUUUCCCCACCGGAGACGCGAACUCCCUGAGCAAGAAUAUUCUGAUGUAUGCCUGCACGUUCACCGAACGCGAGUGUGAGGGAGCUUUGGAGCAGAAGCGGAAGUCUAAGCAGAUGUCUCCGAGCGCAUCUGCCCCGCCGGGACUGGGAGCACUGGGCCCGUCUCUCGCCGCCGUCAUGAUGGUGUCAAAACACGUGGAUGGCUCUCUCAACCAGUGGGCCGUGAGCUUCGCCGAAAAGUCGGCGUUCUCCAACGUUCUGACCGUGUCACACAAGUUCCGCUACUGCGGCCACCGUUUCCACCUCAACGACCUGGCGUGUCACACCGUUCUGCCGCUGCUUCUCACCUCCUCCCAUCACAACGCGCUCCUGACUCCGCCCUCCGGCUCCGGCAGCCUGGACGCGGAGCAGCGGGACGGCGCAUCACACCCCGCGCGCCCGCCGAGGGGCUUCCCUCGAAAACAGCUGAAGAACGCAGCCACACGCACCUUCCACGACCCCAAUGCGAUAUACAGUGAGUUAAUCCUGUGGCGCGUGGAUCACAUCGGACCUCUGUCCUGCACGGGGGGCGUGUCAGAGUUAGCGCGCAUAAACUCCCUCCACACCUCUGCCUUCUCCAACGUGGCCUGGCUUCCCACGCUGGUCCCCAGCUCUGUGCUUGGGACCUACUGUAACUCAGCCAGCGCCUGCUUUGUAGCCUCUGAUGGGAAAAACCUGCGACUGUACCAGGCUGUGGUGGAUGCUCGCAAACUGUUGGACGAGUUGUCAGAUCCCGAAACCUCCAAACUGGUGGGUGAGGUUUUUAACAUUGUGAGCCAGCAGUCAACUGCCCGACCCGGAUGUAUCAUCGAACUGGACGUCAUCACCAACCAGUGCGGCUCCAGCACACAGUUGCUGCACGUCUUCCAGGAGGACUUCAUAUUAGGAUACAAGCCCCAUGACGACACCCCUGACCUCAGCACUGCCAGUUUCCCCUCUGCAGACGAGUACCAGUCCCCUCCUUUCUCUGAGAAAUUCUUUCUGGUGGUGAUUGAGAAGGAUGACAGUCAUAACUCUGUCCUGCAGAUGUGGCAUCUCCACCUGAAAUCUGUCCAGGCCUGUGUGGGUGAGCACCAGGAGCCGGUGUCGGAGCCGAUGUUCCAGAACCAGCUGACUGUUCCUCAGUCACAGACCAUCGCAGAGUCGUCCCCGGAGACGUCACCUGGACAGAGUCCUCUCCCGCGCUCCUCAUCCACCGCCAACCUGCAGUCUGCCAGCAAACUCAUCCUCAGCUCCCGCCUGGUCUACAGCCAGCGCCUCCAUCUGCCCGCCGGGGUGGAAGUCAUCCGGGCGACGCCCUCUGCAGGACACCUAAGCUCUUCCUCUAUCUAUCCAGUCUGUUUGGCUCCGUACCUGAUUGUGACCACUUGCUCCGAUGGCAGAGUGAGGUUUUGGCGCUGUGCUGUGGAGGCAGACCCGUCUGCUCCGGACCCUGAGGAGGGUCGCACGUACCGCUGGGAGCCCUGGUGCCUGCUGAACGAGGAGGAGGACAACAACAGCGCAGUUAGCGUGCCCGGCCGACCCGUGGCAGUCAGCUGUUCCUACACAGGCCGACUCGCAGUGGCCUUCAAACAACCAGCGCCCAGCGAUGGAGAUACGUCCAAGCAGUUCUCCAUGCACGUGUCCAUCUACGAGUGCGAAUCCACAGGAGGCUCGGAAUGGGUCCUGGAACAAACCAUUAACCUCGACGACUUCAGCAAGCCCUCCAGCACAUUAGACUCCCAUGUUAGUGUGGACAGCAACCUGUUUGUCUACAGCAAAUCUGACCUGUUUGUCACAAAGGACAGUCCCAAUAUCAAGCACUUUGUGCAUCUGGACUGGCUGUCCAAAGAAGACGGGUCACACAUCCUGACAGUAGGCGUUGGCUCAAACAUCUUGAUGUACGGACGCAUCUCGGGCAUCGUCACCGAACAGACGGGCAGCAAGGAGGGUAUGGCUGUCAUCACUCUGCCUCUAGGGGGCAGCAUCAAGCAAGGCAUCCGCUCCCGGUGGGUGCUGCUGAGGGCAGUAGAUCUGGUCUCAUCUGUGGAUGGUACUCCAUCGCUCCCUGUGUCGCUGUCCUGGGUCCGUGACGGUAUCUUGGUUGUGGGGAUGGAUUGUGAGAUGCACGUUUAUGCUCAGUGGAGACAGGACAAGAAGCCUGGGGAAGGUGAAGGAGACAGUCUCUCAUCCUGCGAUGACAUCACAGGCUAUUCCGCCUCGGGGGUGCCCGAAGGUCGUGCUCGCUCCAAGAGUGUGUUUGAGGGCAGCGCCGGCAUAGACGACGCCUUCCGUGCCCCGGCGGUCAUCCAGGACGGCGGUUUGUUUGAGGCGGCCCACUCGCUCUCGCCCACCCUGCCACAGUACCACCCCACGCAGCUGCUGGAGCUCAUGGACCUGGGCAAGGUGCGGCGGGCCAAGGCGAUCCUCUCCCACCUGGUGAAGUGCAUCGCGGGCGAGGUCGCCGUGGUGAGGGACGUGGAGGCCGGCGAGGGCGGGGCCAGGCGUCACCUGUCUCGCACCAUCAGCGUGACCGGCAGCACCGCCAAAGACACCAUUGUAGCCGGCAGGGACGGGGGGCGCGACUACACGGAGAUCAACUCCAUCCCUCCCUUACCGCUCUACGCUCUGCUCUCCGCUGACCUGGACACCUCCUACAAACCCGGAGAGGAGGCCGGGAAGAGCUCCAAAGGCCCGGAAAGGGAGGCUCAGAAGUCGUCUGAGGACCAGUACGCCGACCUGUUCCAGGUUCAGACCGUCACCACGGACGACUUUGUCAGCUUCGCCACAGAGAAGGUGGAGAAAAAGUCCCGCGUCAUCAACCUUUCUCAGUACGGCCCAACCUACUUUGGACCAGAACACGCCCAAGUCCUGUCCAGUCACCUGAUGCACUCCAGCCUGCCGGGCCUGACCCGCCUGGAGCAGAUGUUCCUGGUGGCACUGGCUGAUACCGUGGCAACCACCAGUGCAGAGGUGGGCAGUGCCACAGAUAAACAGUACACAGGCGGAGAGGCUCUGGAUGAGUGUGGACUGAGGUACCUGUUGGCGAUGAGGCUGCACACCUGUCUGCUCACCUCCCUGCCCCCGCUGUACAGGAUCCAGCUUCUUCAUCAGGGUGUCUCCACCUGUCAUUUUGCCUGGGCCUUUCACUCAGAGGCAGAGGAGGAGAUGCUGAACAUGAUCCCGGCCAUGCAGAGGGGUGACCCACAGUGGUCUGAGCUCAGGGCUGUGGGUGUGGGCUGGUGGAUCAGGAACAUUAACACGCUGCGCCGUAUGGUGGAAAAGGUGGCGAAAGCAGCUUUUCAAAGGAAUAACGAUCCGCUGGACGCUGCCUUGUUCUACCUGGCUAUGAAGAAGAAGGCAGUUCUCUGGGGCCUUUUCAGAUCUCAGCAUGAUGAGAAGAUGACCCAGUUCUUCAGUCAUAAUUUCUCAGACGACCGCUGGAGGAAAGCCGCCCUAAAAAACGCUUUCUCCCUCCUGGGAAAACAGCGCUUCGAGCAGUCAGCAGCGUUCUUCCUCCUGGCUGGAUCCCUCAAAGACGCCAUUGAGGUGUGCUUAGAGAAGAUGGAGGACAUCCAGUUGGCGAUGAUAGUGGCUCGCCUGUACGAGGCAGACUACGAGAGCUCGUCCACGUGCCAGGGAAUCCUGUAUGAGAAGGUUCUAGGCUGCAGGAGGGAUGGCACUGGCUUCUCCUGCAGUAAACUGCACCCAGAUCCCUUCCUGCGUAGCAUCGCGUUCUGGAUAAUGAAGGACUACACCAGGGCUCUGGACACCCUGCUGGAGCAGAUCCCCAAAGAGGAAGAUGAAAAUCCUGAUGUGAUGGUGAAGUCAUGCAAUCCCGUGGUCUUCAGCUUCUAUAACUAUUUACGAACUCAUCCUCUGAUCAUUCGCCGGCACCUGGCGGCUCCAGAGGGCACUCUGGCGACGGUGGGGCUGACGGCAGAACGGAGCAGCGCUGAUGAGAUCAAUCUGAUUGAACGGAAGCUCUUCUUCACCACCGCUAACGCACACUUUAAAGUGGGCUGCCCUGUCCUCGCACUGGAGGUGCUCUCCAAGAUCCCCAAAGUCACCAAGAAGGCCGGCUCAUCUCUAAGCAAAGGACCGUCUACAGUAAACGUGUCCUCCGCACAGGAGAACGGAGGCAGGGCUGCAGACCUGGACUGGGGCGCGCCCGCGACGGCCACGUCUGCCCAGGCCUGGGACGCAGGAGCAGAUGCCUCUGCUGCCCUAGACUGGAGUCAGCCGGCGAUGAAGCUGGAGGACGAGGGACUGCAGCUGGACUGGGGCGAUGAUAAAGAUGAGGAAGAUGAUGAGCAGGAUGGUGGCGGUCUGACAAUGAAGAAGCCAGAGGGGAGCAUGUCGCCUCCUACUGGGGCUCAGCUGGCCAGCGUGCAGCGGGAGGACUCCGCCGACGAGUCGGAGGUGGACGUCAUUGCGGAGCAGCUGAAGUUUCGGGCUUGCCUGAAGAUUCUGAUGACGGAGCUGCGCACCCUGGCAACGGGUUACGAGGUGGAUGGAGGAAAAUUGCGCUUCCAACUCUAUAACUGGCUUGAGAAGGAGAUCGAGGCCAUGCACCGCAUUUGUAACUACAGGGUGGAGAGUCGAGAGGUGAGCAGCAGGCUGGAGAAAUGGGGUGAGGGGUCGAUGGACCUGGAGGAGGUGCAAGAACAUACGGAGGCAGGAGCUUACGAAAGGCACCAGCUAGAGCGACGAAGACUACAGGCCAAGCAGUUACACGCGGAGCGGCGGAAAGCCUGGCUGAGGAAGAACCAGGCACUGCUGCGUGUUUUCCUCAGCUACUGCAGCCUGCACGGGGCCAAAGGCGGAGGGGUGACGUCUGUACGAAUGGAGCUCCUCUUCCUCCUACAGGAGUCACAGCAGGAGACGACCGUGAAGCAGCUCCAGUCUCCACUUCCUCUGCCAACCACUCUGCCGCUGCUCUCCGCCAGCAUAGCACCCACCAAAACGGUCAUAGCCAAUCCCGUAAUGCACCUGUGCAACCACAUCCACGAUGUCCUCUACACCAUCAUCCAGAUGAAGACUCCACCACACCCCGACAUCCCAGACGACCAUGUGAAUAGUCUGCACACGCUGGCUGCCUCUCUCUCUGCGUGUAUCUACCAAGCUCUGUGUGACAGUCACAGCUACAGCAGCCAGACGGAGGCCAAUCAGUUCACAGGGAUGGUGUAUCAGGGCUUACUGCUGAGUGAGAGGCGGAGACUGCGCACGGAGAGCAUUGAGGAGCAUGCCACGCCCACCUCCGCCCCUGCCCAAUGGCCAGGCGUGUCAUCCCUGCUCAAUCUGCUGGUCUCCGCUCAGGGGGAGGACCAUCCCAGACUGAACGUGAUGCUGUGUGAGGCAGUGGUGGCUGUGUAUCUGAGCCUGCUUAUUCACGGCCUGGGAACCCACGCCGCGAACGAACUCUUCCGACUCGCUGCCCACCCUUUAACCAAUCGCAUGUGGGCGGCUGUCUUCGGGGGAGGGGCCAAGGUUAUCAUCAAACCGAAGAGACCCCCAGAGAUUGUCCCAGCGGUACCUCCAACUCCUCCGGCUGAGGACGUGGACCGCCACCGUCGUCGCUUCAACAUGCGCAUGCUGGUCCCAGGUCGGCCCGUGAAGGACACGCCUUCCACACCCCCGCCUGUACCUGUGGAACGUCCCACUUACAAGGAGAAGUUCAUCCCUCCAGAACUCAGCAUGUGGGACUAUUUUGUGGCCAAACCUUUCCUUCCCCUCUCAGACAGUGGAGCUCUGUAUGACUCAGACGAGAGUGGUGCUAGUGACGAUGAGGAUGAUGAUGAUGCCUUCCUCUCUGACACCCAGAUGACUGAGCACAGUGAUCCCAAUUCAUACAGUUGGGCUCUCAUUCGUUUGGUGAUGGUGAAACUGGCCCUGCACAACGUCAAGACCUUCCUCCCUUUGACUGGGCUGGACUUUACAGAUUUGCCUGUGAUAUCUCCACUGGCCAACGCUGUGCUGAAAACUCUCGAGAACUGGGAGCAGCUGUUAGUGGAGAAGAUGAAUAAGUUUGAUGGUCCUCCUCCCAGCUACAUCAACACUUACCCCACUGACCUGAGUGCAGGUGGAGGCCCAGCCAUUCUACGCCAUAAAGCUAUGCUGGAGCCAGACAACACUCCCUUCAAAGCAAAGCAUCGGACGUCCUUCCCUGCACGGCGCCUGUGGCAUUUCCUGGUCAAACAGGAAGUUUUGCAGGAGACCUUGAUUCGCUACAUUUUCACUAAGAAAAGGAAGCAGAGUGAGGUGGAGGCUGACCUGGGCUAUCCUGGAGGCAAAGCCAAAGUCAUUCACAAAGAGUCUGACAUCAUUAUGGCUUUUGCCAUUAAUAAGGCCAAUACUAAUGAGAUUGUCCUGGCCUCCACCCAUGACGUACAGGAGGUGGAUGUGUCCACUCUUCUGGCUGCCCAGCCAUACACAUGGAUCGGGGAGGACUUUGACAAGGAGUCUCGCAGCUCUGAUGAUGUGGACCACCGCUCAUCACAUACCAACAUUGCCCAGGCUAGCACUGGGCCCUUUGCACCUCCGCAGAUGCCAGCCUCUGCCUCCAUGCCAUGGCUGGGCAGUGGGCAGACCAGUAUGGGUGCCAGUGUGAUCAUGAAGAGAAAUCUGAAUAAUGUGAAGAGAAUGACCUCACACCCCAUAUACCAGUACUACAUGACCGGGGCCCAGGAUGGCAGCGUGCGUAUGUUUGAGUGGAAUCGACCACAGCAGCUCAUCUGCUUCCGACAGGCAGGAAAUGCCCGAGUCACCAGACUGUACUUCAACUCACAGGGAAAUAAGUGUGGAGUUGCAGAUGGUGAGGGCUUUUUAAGCCUCUGGCAAGUCAAUCAAACAUCAUCAAAUCCCAAACCAUACCUGACUUGGCAGUGCCACAGUAAGUCUUGUGGUGACUUUGCUUUCAUCACUUCCUCCAGUCUGAUUGCCACUGCUGGCCAGUCUAAUGACGGCAGAAACGUGUGCCUGUGGGACACUCUGAUUUCUCCCAGUAAUACCAUGGUGCAUGCCUUCCCCUGCCAUGAGAACGGGGCCACCGUGUUGCAGUACGCUCCUAAGCAGCAGCUGAUCGUUUCAGGCGGACGGAAAGGCUUCGUCUGCAUCUUCGACAUCAGACAGAGACAACUCCUGCACACGUUCCAGGCCCACGAUUCGGCCAUCAAAGCUCUGGCCAUGGACGCGUCCGAAGACUUCUUUGUCACGGGAUCCGCUGAGGGCAAUAUGAAGGUUUGGAAGUUAUCGGGCCAUGGUCUCAUGCACUCCUUCAGUACAGAACACGCCAAACAGUCCAUAUUCCGUAACAUCGGAGCCGGAGUGAUGCAGAUCGAAACCUGUCCCGGAAACCGCAUUUUCACCUGUGGCGCCGACGGCACGCUGAAGAUGCGAGUCCUCCCAGACCGCUACAGUAUCCCCGCCAGUAUAUUCCACAUCCUGUAAAUCCUAAAGCUCGGAGGGUGGAGUCGGAAAACAUCGAGCUUUCGGCGACAAACGCGUCCGUUUCUUUAGCCGUGAAUCGUAAUGAAGUGAAUUGUGCUGCAAAUAUUUUUUCCAAAGCCUGAAAGUAUAAGGAAGGCUGCCUACUUGAUCUUAAAGAUAGAUUACUGUCAGUUAAAGCAGUUUGUUCCAGAAUCUCUUAUAGAGUGUUUUUAUAGGAAAGCUAUGCAUGUACUGUUCUCGUUCACGCGGUGCAAACACAGGUUGUUGAUAGUGCUCUGUAAAAGUGCUCGAAACAUACAAACAUUUUUAAGUGUGUAUCUGUCGUCAUUUUGUGCCCACUGCUGAAAUUCUUAGCAUCCUCCAACAGCACUGUGCUUCUGUAUUGAGUCCGUUGUCUCCGGCGUGAGCCGAGCUGUCAGAUCUGCUUUUUAUUUAUUACUGUGAAUGGUUUUGUUUCCUCGGCUGUUGGCGUUACGGUGGGAAUGGCUCAGAGUAAAACGCUGCGGUUUGACUGACUGCUUGUCCUCACACACACCACCAUAACUGCUGUAAGGCAUUGUCUUCAUUGUGUCCACCAUAACUGCUGUAAGGCAUUGUCUUCAUUGUGUCCAUAGCAGUUCCACCGCUAAACGGUCGACAUGACGGACGACGUGAUAUUCUGUGACUGCUUCAAAUGUUUAAUCGGUUUGUUUGUUUCAGAAUGAGUUUAACUAGAAACAGCUGGGUUCAGUUGAUGUUUUGCACAAAUAUUUAUUUGUUUGUUUUUUACGUAAUACAUAAUAUUUGCUCAUUUCAUUUGCAGGGUAUUAUAUUUAUGUUUAAUGGUGUUGUUACAGGGACAUAUAGUUUAAUUCUAUUUCACCAUGUUCUUUUUAUUGUUUAAUCCAUAUAAGAAUACUUGCACUCAAUCCUGAGGACACUAUAAAUAUUCAUUUUAAGACAAAUGCUAAAUUGCUAUAGAAUAAACUGUUAUAUACACAUGAAUGUCUGGCUUUGUGUGGCCGAGUAGUAAAAUGA